UGUCCAUCACUAGUGUUUCUAACUGUAUUUGUAACGUGUAGCACAUGUGCCGUAUUGUUAUUGUUUACACUUUUUAACAAUUAAAAUAAAGUUUAUAUACUAUUUUUAUAUCUAAAUUUCACUCAGAUUUAUGUUAAAAUGAAGUUUGCAUACAAAUUUUCCAAUCUUGUGGGUACUGUUUAUCACAAAGGAAAUUUGAUAUUUACUCCUGAUGGAACAAUUUUAAUAAGUCCUGUAGGAAACAGAAUCACCCUAUAUGAUUUGAAAAAUCAUAAAUCUGAAACACUGCCUAUUGAAAGUCGGUACAAUUUUACGACAUUAGCUCUCUCACCAAAUGGACGGCUUCUUUUAGCAAUUAAUGAACCUGGUGAAGCUUUGUUAAUAAGUCUAUCACACAGAACUGUUAUCCAUAAUUUUCAUUUCAAGAGACCCAUUGCAAGUGCAUGUUUUAGUCCAAAUGGAAGGUAUAUUGCUGUUACAAAGGAAAGUAAUUUAUUUAUCUACCAAGUACCAUGUACUUCUAUGAAACAAUUUAAUGCAUUUGUUUUAGAGAAGGUUUUUAAUUUCUCAUAUGAUGACACUCUAUGCAUUGAUUGGACAUCUGAUUCUAGAGUUAUUGCUGUAGGAGGAGCAGAUAUGUCUACAAAAAUCUAUGCUCUCAGCCAGUUUAAAAAUUUAUCUGCUUAUACAUUAGGAAGUCAUACUGAUCAUGUAGUUCAUUGCUUUUUUGAAAGCAAUUCUUUAGAUUUAUAUACCAUUGGUAAAAAUGGUCAGCUUUGUGUAUGGGAAUGUAGUACUGAUUUGGAUGGACUAAUUCCUAAAGAAAGAAAACCUCAAACUGAAAUAGAUGAAAAUAGUGUAGACGAAGUGGUUGACAUUGAAAAAGAAAGAACAGUAGCAGAAAACAAGCCAGAUGCAGAAAAUAACACAGAUGAAAAGGUUUUUUACAAACGAAUUGGAAAACAUUUCUUGAAAGAUGCUCUGAAUGGCAAAGAGGGUUAUGUGGCUCUUACUGCUGCUGCUUAUCACCAAAAGACUCAUUUGCUAGUGACUGGAUUUUCUAAUGGCUCAUUUCUAUUAUAUGAAAUGCCCAAUUGCCUGCAAGUGCAUUCCUUAACUUUAUCGAAUCAACCGAUUGCAAGCAUUGCUUUCAAUUGCUAUGGAGACUGGAUAGCACUUGGAAGUGCUGGAAUUGGACAAUUAGUGGUAUGGGAAUGGCAAAGUGAAGCUUUUGUGUUGAAACAACAAGGGCAUUUCAACAAUUUGCAGUGUCUCUCUUAUUCUCCAGAUGGAAUGUAUAUAGCCACUGGUGGCGAGGAUGGUAAAGUUAAACUUUGGGACACAUACACUGGUUUUUGUGUUGUUACAUUUAGCGAACAUUCAAGCUCAAUAAAGGGUGUUACAUUUUCUCAAAAUGGAAAAGUUGUGUUAUCUGCUUCAGUUGAUGGUACUAUUCGAGCUUUUGAUUUAAACAGGUAUCGGAAUUUCCGAACAUUUACUUCCCCAAAACCUACCCAAUUUUCUUGCCUUGCUAUUGAUCCUAGUGGUGAAAUUAUAUGUGCAGGAUCUGAAGACAGUUUUGAAAUUUAUGUUUGGGCAGUACCCACUGGGCAUCUUUUAUCGAUAUUAUCUGGGCAUGAAGCUCCAGUAAGUGGAAUUAGUUUCAGCCCCGUUGAUUUGGUGAUUGCUAGUGCAUCUUGGGAUAAAACUCUUCGACUAUGGAAUGUUCGUGGAAGCAAAAGUAUCCGAGAAACAAUAACUUUAAACUCGGAUGGUUUAGCUACUAUUUAUAAGCCUGAUGGUGGGGAAAUUGCUGUUGCCACUUUAGAUGGUCAAAUAUUAUUCUUUGACUCACACACAUCUGAGCAAACAGGAUGUAUUGAAGGUCAUCAUGACUUAUAUGUUGGAAGAAGAGAAACUGACAAAAUUACUGCCAAAAGUCUUCUAAAAUCUCAAGCAUUUCAUGCCCUUUGUUAUACAGCUGAUGGGGAAUGCAUUCUUGCUGCUGGUCGGUCAAAAUAUGUAUGUAUUUACAAUGUGGAAGAAAAAAUUCUAAUGAAGAAGUUUGAAAUAACCUGCAAUCUUUCAUUUGAUGCUGUUACUGAUUUCAUCAAUCGAAGAAGAAUGACUGCUUUUGGGAAUAAAGCUUUGAUUGAAAAAAGAGCUGAUGAAGAAACACUUUCAAUUCCCAUUCCAGGGAGUAAAUUAUUGGAUAAAAGUUCAAGAGUUUUCAAACCAGAAAUUAAUGUGACUGCAAUUCAGUUUUCACCUACUGGCCGAGCUUGGGCUGCUACAACAACGGAAGGACUUUUAGUUUAUUCUUUAGACAACAAUUUGGUAUUUGAUCCCUUUGAUCUUGAUAUUGAUGUUACACCUGCAAACAUCAGAAAGACUUUACAAAAGGAAGAGUAUUCUAAAGCAAUUAUGAUGGCUGUAAAAUUAAAUGAGAAUAUUGUCACAAAAGAAGUCAUUGAGUCUGUGAAGCCUGGUGACAUUGAAACUCUGGCUUCUUAUCUUCCUGAAAUUUAUGUGGAAAGGUUGCUGAGGUUCAUAGUUGACCAAAUAGAUAAUUCUCCUCAUCUUGAAUUUUAUCUGACUUGGUUACAACAUUUAUUAACGAUACAUGGACAAAAAAUUAAAAAUAGAUCACAAUCUAACAUGGGCAAUUUAAGAGCUCUACAAAAGAAUCUAUCCCAAAGGCUGACAGCUUUAGACAAAAUAUGCUCAUUUAACAAAUAUAUGAUUCAAUAUACUUUGAAUCUGGGAAAUAUAAAGAAACGUAAACUAGAAUCUGAGCCAGAUGAAACAGAAGAAUCAAUGAUUAUUGAAAGUAGUGAAAUUCAGAAAGAAACUGAUUCAGAAGAAUCAUCUGACGACAGUUCUUGAUAUCACUUUGUAUACAACUUGUAAAUAAAUUAUGUUUUUAUUUAGUAUUAA